CAACAAAACAGAGGGUGCUUCCCGCUCAGCAAAUAGAAACCAGAUUCCCAGUGGUAGUGGUGGUGGUGGUUCUCUGCGACUCCCCAGUCCCCAGAUUUGUACUGCACCUAGGAAAUCUUGAAGGUUGAUUAUCAAAGAGAAAUGGAGAAUGUUUAUAAAGAAUUAGACAAUGUCAAAGCAGAGAUGGAGAGGCUCAAGGCUGAGCUUCGGGUUGAGAAGGGAAUUUCUGACACUUUGAAGAAAUCUCACAGUGAGCAGCUGAUCAAGUUCCAACAAGCUAAGCGGGAGGUUGAGAAACAAGCUCAAGAGCUAAAUGUCAAGCUUGAUGAAAUUUCUCAAGUAAGGAAAGUCUCUGAAACCCUCCAAUCUUGUUUGCAUGAAAAAGAAUCAUCUCUUAGGCAUUUGAGUUCUUUGCAUGAAAAGCUCCGAGCUGAUUGUGAGCUGAAGCUGAAAAAACUGGAAGGAGAGAAUAAAGAAUUGGCAUUUGCGUUUGAUGAAGUUUCAGAAAAAAACAAACAACUGGAGCAGAAUGCUUGUGCCAGUAGUCGGGAGAUUGAGGGCCUUAAGAGACGCUUAUUGACUACAGAAAGCAAGUGUUACGAGGCAGAGCAAAAGGCCCAAGCAGCCAAAGAUCUGAGGCAGAGAGAUGAUAUAAUAAUGAACUUAGAGGAGGAGAAUAGAAAUGCUCAAGAUCAAUUGAAAUGGAAGAAAGAGCAGUUUAAACAUCUUGAAGAAGCACAUAGAAGGCUACAAGAUCAGUUUAAGUUGAAUAAAGAUGAGUGGGAGAGGGGCAAAUCAGCCCUGAUUGAAGAGAUCUCUUUGUUGCAGACAAGCUUGGAUUCCAAAACUAGAAUUCUUACAGAUAUCCAAAAACGUUUACAGAUGUGCAACCAAGCUUUAGCUCGUGAAGAAAGUAUGAGGAAGUUUUUGGAGGUUGAAAUAUCCGAAUUCAAAUCACGUUAUGAGGAUGUCUUUGCUCAGUGCCAACAAGAAAGGUCAAAGUUUGAAAGCUUAACUGUUCAAAGGGAUGAAGAGAUUGCGAAGCUAAGAAACUCAAUUGGAACAAGAGAUACAUCAACAAAAGAAAUGGAAUUCAGAAUUGCUCACCUUGAGCAAGAGAAUCAGGAAUUAAGAGAAUCUCUUAAAGAGCUGCAGGAAUCUCAGAUCAGAAAUGCUGGGGCCACUUCACUCACAAAGCUUCGGAACAAGAUUAGGGGUUUGGAGCAGGCACACAGUAACUGUUCCAGAAAUUUAAAAGCAAAAGAAUCUGAAUGGAGUUACCAAAUAGAGAAGAUGAACGGAGUUUUAAAUGGGUAUAACUCUGAGUUGAAGGGUAAGGAGAAACAAAUACAGGAAACUGAGUUGGAGCUAGAGAGCUGCCAGUCUAUGAUCGAGGUUUUAAGUGAAGAGAUUUCAAUAAUACUCACAAUCUUCAAAUCGGAAUUUUUGGAGGCGUUCUCCAAAAAUUCUGAUCCAAAAGCCGAAGUGGAGUUGUGUGGUGAAAUGGAUAACAAGAUCUCUGUAUUUACUGCACAGUUGGAGAUGAAGGACUGUGAUUUUAGAAAAGUUCUUCUUGAUCUUGAACAAGAACAUGAGCAAGUAGAAAUAUUGAUGAAGAGGGUAAGGUCCUUGGAACUUACUGAACAGAGGCAGAAUAACAAGGAGGAAGAGCUAAAACAACACAAAAAUAUGCUCGAGGAGUUGUCUGUUCAUCAACUUUACCUGAAAGGCCAAUUUUUGCUGAUGGAAGGUGAGAAACAAGAUAUUUCUGAGACUUUAGAAAAGGUGAAUCUUGAGUUGGCUGAGAAAAUUUGUGAAAUAAGUCGAUUAGAAGACGAAUUAAAGAGUUGGAAGUCAAGUGCUGAAAGCUUGAAAAUUUGCUGUGAAGAAAAUCAAGAAAAAUGUCGACAAAUAGAGGAUUCAAUCCCUGUACAAACAAAGAAUGAAGAAAUCCUUAAGAAUGAAAGAGAAAGCCUCAUCUCCAUUAUCAAAGAGAAAAACAAUACACUUGAAGUUCUGCAGCAGCAGAUAGUCCUAUUAGCAGCAAAGAAUGAGGAAGUGGAAGCCUGCACACAAGACAAAGAGAACCUUAUCCAAAAUGCAAAGGACAAGGACAGCUGCAUAGAAAAUCUCCACAAAGAUAUCUCACAGCUGGAACAAGAGUGCAUAAGAAGAGAAAUGGAAGCGACAAUUCUAGCAAGGUUUGAGGCAGAGAAAUGUGUUGGACGAGAUAAAGAGAGGCUUUUCAAGGUUAUCAGUGAGAAAGAUCAGAACAUACAAAGUCUUGAGGUAUAUGCAGUAUCAUUAGAGCAAGACUUGACUACUGUUUUAACUUCCUCCUUUGCUGAAGUUGUAGAAAAUCUAGUUACAAUUGAUGUGCUUACUGAAGCUUUGAAGAAGGCCAAGCAUAUGUCAGAGCUACAGAUUGAACAUAGGAACAAAAGAAUUGUUGAUUUGGAGAAAGAAGUAACUGGUUCACGCCAAAGAUUGAUACAUCAGGAGGAAGCCUUGUUCCAUCUUAAACAACAGGUGGAGGAACUUGAAGCAUUAUUGGAAGCCAAGAAACUGGAAACCAAUAAGUUGAUGGUUGAACAGAGGAUUUCGGAAGGCAUAGUCAAGCAGCUUGAAUAUGAAAAAGCUAUCCUCCUUCAAGACACCACAAAGCUAUCAAAAGAAAGAGAGAAUAUUUUUGUUCAUCUUGAAGAAUUUUGUGAUCGUAUCGGUGAGCUCACUUAUGAGGAUACAAGGAUGAUGGAUGUUUUAGAAGCAAUGCUGCAAGGAUUUAAGGAAGAGGUUGGACCACCAGUAGGUUUAACAGUCGAUAAUUUGCUCUAUGAUUCUACCCAAGAGAAUGAAAGCACUACAAUUUCUGCGUCAGCAAGAAAAAUUGAAGCUAGUGCUGGAAGAUUACCACUGAAAGAGAUGAAUCUUCGGUAGCUAUACUGAAGAGAAGAAAUACAGUUCUCACUGACAAACAUGGUAAAAGUUGCCACCAAAGAAGGAAGUAGAAGCAGUAGAAGCUUUGAAACUGCAGAAGGCAUGAGAGCUGAUUCAGCUUGAACCAGUGGCAAGGUGGUGUGUUGUGUGACUAAAUCACCACAGAGAAAGCCAUUUCUUUUCUUUCUAAAAGGAAGAGCAGCCAAGUUAUUGCAUUGCGUGCAUGAGUCCAUUUAUUCUCUUAGCUGUGUAAGGAUUUGUUUGAGUGUGCAAUGGUGUUCAGAUUCUAUAUUUCUGAGGCAUGCACUUGUAAUUCAGUUUAAUUCAGUGCAAUGGUGUGAAUGAAAAUAGACUAUCAAGUUAAUGUUGAUUUAAGUUGCUGAAGAUUUCAGUUUGAA